ACACCAACACAUCGACACACAAGUGAUACCUUCGCCAUGUUUUCGGUCCGAGAGUAUAGUUUCCAAUAAUUCAUAUCACGAAAUUCAAUGAUUUUUGUCGUCUAAAUCUGUCUAGUGUGUACACAUUAUUAUAAAAUAAUUCGGUGUGACUGACUAGUUGGACGUAAUGUACAAAGAAUUAGUGAAUGCACAGUGUAUCGGCGUGUAAAAAAAGAAAAUAUUUUUUUUCUUCCCCGAAGCGAGCGGUUUCACAAUAAUCACAAUUCCCGAGAAAAAAAAAGUCCAAAGGUGAACGAUCUUAUUAUAUUCGGCUGUUCCGUUUGGAUUAAUUAUAUUUUUAUUAUUUUCGAAUAAAGUACGUAAAUCGGCAAAGACACCAGUUUUAAUAAACAAACUCUGUGACCAGUUUAUUCAUUAAUUCGAUAUUGUGUUUCACUUAUGUUUUUGUGUAUAUCCAAAAGGCAUUGUGAUGAUUAAUCAUUUUAAGUGAGAAGUUAACAUUGGCGUUGUUCGUUGGAAUCUAACAUAAGCAAAAGAUUGCGUAUUUAAUAAUUUUGAAAGUUUAUUUUUCGUUUUAACAACAAAAAGAAAUACCGAAAAAGACCGCGUUCCGAUUGACGAAAGAGAAACAUGUUCAAGUAAAUUCGUGUUGUGAUCACUUUGUUCUGAAUUCGUGUUAAAAUAUUAAUAUACCGAACAAAAAAGAUAAAUAUUUCCGUGGAAAAUUUUAACAGAAACAUCGUCAUUCAUUAAUCUAUGGACUUAAUUUGGAUACACGAAUGCAUUUCUGACCAUAUUCUCGUUGAGAAGCGUUCGACAACGGAUAAUUCGUCGAUGAAUUAAUUGUUUAUGGUGUCCGUAAUCAGUAAAAAUUUGUUUAUUUAUUGUGUGUUAACGCGCCAAAAGGAAAUGAUGAAUUCAAAAUGUUAUUUAAGUAUCAAAUUUUCAAGGAACGGGAACUAAGUGCUUUCAAAUCGAACGGUUGAAAAAAAGAAAAAAAAUCGAAUUAUAGAAAAAAGAUUGUGGACAAACGUUUACUAAAUCCACAAGUCGGGUAGAGAGUGGAGAGUGAGAGACAAGAACUUUUUUUACACUUUGAUUUGACCCCAAAACAGUAAAAGUGACAUCAAAUCAUUAGAGUGCUAGUUUUAGCUUCGGAUUGGAUAAGUUAGCAUGCUAAUGGAUAAAACAAAACAGAAACUGUCGGCUUCAUUUGUUCCGGGCACGGAAUCAAAUACCGGUCGUCAACGUCAUGCACCGCUUUAUGGUCGUUUAGUUCCUGAAGAGCAUCUACCUGCCACACAUCGCGAUGUUGUGCAUCAACCAUUUAACAAACAGAUGCUGCAACGAUCGAGCCCCACCCCAUCGACAGAUAUACGGGCGAUGCAGGCACGAAUUCCACAACAUUUUCGCGAUCCAUCGGCGGCACCAUUACGGAAAUUGAGUGUGGAUUUGAUAAAAACUUACAAACACAUAAAUGAGGUUUAUUAUGCGAAGAAGAAGCGAAGAGCCCAACAAACACAAGGAGACGAUUCGUCACAUAAAAAAGAACGGAAAUUGUACAAUGAUGGCUAUGAUGAUGACAAUCACGACUACAUCAUCAAGAAUGGAGAGAAAUUUUUAGAUCGCUAUGAAAUUGAUUCGCUUAUCGGUAAAGGAAGUUUUGGACAAGUUGUCAAAGCCUUCGAUCACGAGGAACAAUGUCACGUAGCUAUCAAAAUAAUUAAGAAUAAGAAACCGUUCCUAAAUCAGGCACAAAUUGAAGUCAAACUGCUGGAGAUGAUGAAUCGAGCUGAUUCAGAAAAUAAAUAUUAUGUUGUCAAACUAAAGCGGCAUUUUAUGUGGCGCAAUCAUUUGUGUUUGGUAUUUGAACUGCUGUCUUAUAACUUAUAUGAUCUCCUGCGUAACACAAACUUCCGAGGGGUUUCGUUAAAUUUAACGCGAAAAUUCGCUCAACAACUUUGUACUGCUCUUUUAUUUUUAAAUACACCAGAACUAAAUAUAAUUCACUGUGAUUUGAAACCGGAGAACAUUCUUUUAUGCAAUCCGAAACGGUCAGCAAUAAAAAUUGUUGAUUUUGGUAGUUCGUGCCAAUUGGGACAGAGGAUAUAUCAAUAUAUUCAAUCUCGAUUUUAUCGAUCACCGGAAGUGUUACUCGGCGUCGCAUACGAUUUGUCGAUAGAUAUGUGGUCGCUGGGCUGUAUAUUAGUAGAAAUGCACACGGGUGAACCACUGUUUUCUGGCUGUAAUGAAUCCGAUCAAAUGCAAAAAAUUGUGGAAGUAUUGGGCGUGCCACCGAAGCAUAUUCUCGAUGCGGCGCCGAAAUGCCGAAAAUUCUUCGACAAACAGGACGGUGUUUAUGUGGCGAAACGAAGUCAUAACGGCCGUAAAUAUAAGCCGUCUGGUUCGCGGAAAUUGCACGACAUUCUCGGAGUAGAAACGGGAGGACCGGGCGGACGGCGAGCUGGUGAACCAGGCCAUUCAGUAUCGGACUAUUUGAAAUUCAAGGACUUAAUUCUUCGGAUGUUGGAUUAUGAUCCGAAAACUAGAACCACACCGUAUUAUGCCUUGCAACACAACUUCUUCAAACGAACUGCGGAUGAGAGUACGAACACUACAAUUAAUUUAGCUAAUUCAGUGAGUACCAGUCCGUCAGUCAGUUCGCAACAAGACCAGCAAAGUCAUGGUAUGUCAGUCCAACAACAACAACAACAACAACAACGUUCGACGCGCAUCGACCAAAUUAUGAAACUAUUCCCCGAACAAAAUCCACAUAUGUCACAUCCUUCUCAACAACUUCUGCUACAACAUCAACAACUAUCAACAUCAAAUCAACCAUCAUCGAAUAUAUUAGCGCUAUCCGGAUCUCAAAGUAGCAUAAAUCAAAGUUGUAAUUUUCCUCUUGCCAUGGACUGUGACCCACCAGCACUGAGUUCCACAAACGUUCGAUACGGCGGACACGUACAUCGUGGCCGCUUUCCCGCAUCAUCAUCGCUAAUACAAAUGCAAAAUGCUACCGGCCACCGACCAAACUAUCUGAGCGGUACCUAUGCACCAGCAUCAUUGCCGAUUGAAUUGAGUGGCCAAAUGAGUGGCGGUGGAAAUGUGAACAGUGGCUAUCCAUUGAAUUUAUCUGGCACGGGUGGUGGUGGCGGUGCUAGCAAUUCAUUAGUCGGCUAUCCAUCGUUUCCAAUGACUGAACCCACUUCCAUUCAAAUGGUAUCGAAUUCGAAAAUCAAUGCACGUACAAAUGUGUCAUCCGGUAACGAUCGUGACGAAUCGCCGAUGAUGUGCGUUCAACAGAGUCCGGUGGUCAUACAUUGAGUGCAAUAAAUCGGUGUUUUAAAGACGAUUGAUUUCUAAUAAUUGAUUGAGUGUGUACUUUGUCGUUUGUUUUUGUUUUGUUGGUUUUUCGUUUAAUUUUUGUUCACUAUCGUAACGAAAUGAUGAUGGGGUCAUUGAGCAUAACUAAAAGCAGCUUUUUCUAAAAAAAAUAAAAAUAAAAAAGAUUAAAAAUAAAAAGCAAAAAAAGAACAAUUUUUAAUAUAAAACUUUAGUGGCUAAAACUAUAAAUUAAAUGAAGAGAAAAAAAAAUCAUGAAGAUUUGUAAGAACACUUAAAAAAAUAAUUUUAAUAAAAUAAAAUCGACGAUUAAGAUCUAUUUUUAACUUAAAAAAUAAUUAUACGAAAACAGUAAGUUCUACAUAAUUCAAUAAGUUAAACAACACACAACACACUUACGAUGAAUAUUGAGUUUCUUACGAUAAAAUAUAAGUAAAAUUAGUGAAAAGAAAAUGCCUGUGUAAAAUAAAACUUGUAAUACAAAACCAACAACAACAUUGAAAUUAAAUUAAAUUAAAAGAAAUGAAAAAAUGUUCAGCGAAAAACAAAACAUUGUCGCAAAAAAAAGCUCUAAUAAAAUAACGGCAUACACAAUAUGGUCUCUAAUUUUUCUUUCUUUGUUUUUCUAAUUUUAUUUAUGAAAAUUAAAUAAAUAAAUAAACCAACCGUGAAUGGUAUAACCCAUUAUGAAAAUGUUUUCAUUAUUUAAAACAAAAGAAGAAAACUAAAAAACAAAAAAUUAUGAAAAACAUCGCUUAGGAACAUUUGUAAAUGAAUUCAAAAUAUUUUUAAUUGACAACAAUGAUUUAAAAAACAAACAAAAAAAGUAUAAUAAAAUCGUAAAUAUAUAAAU